AUGGCCAUUAGAGACUGCAGAUGGCUAGCACAAACAGCCUCGUUGACCAAGGAAGAACCGAUCCAGGCCCAACUGGGCAAAACUCUACAAACUGAUCAGAGUCCUGGAGAGAAGAGUGGAAGAUCGGCGCUCUGGGAUGGUUUCUUUCAAGACCUCGAGCUUAACCGGAGGAAUGUUACGCAUCAUUCUUCCGCUGCUCCACACCCUGAUGUUACGCAUCAUUCUUCCGCUGCUCCACACCCUGAUGUUACGACACAUUCUUCCCCUGCUCCACACCCUGAUGUUACGACACAUUCUUCCGCUGCUCCACACCCUGAUGUUACGCAUCAUUCUUCCGCUGCUCCACACCCUGAUGUUGCGCAUCAUUCUCCCGCUGCUCCACACCCUGAUGUUACGCAUCAUUCUUCCCCUGCUCCACACCCUGAUGUUACGACACAUCCUUCCCCUGCUCCACACCCUGAUGUUACGACACAUUCUUCCCCUGCUCCACACCCCUAUGUUACGACACAUUCUUCCCCUGCUCCACACCCUGAUGUUACGACACAUUCUUCCCCUGCUCCACACCCUGAUGUUACGACACAUUCUUCCGCUGCUCCACACCCUGAUGUUACGCAUCAUUCUUCCCCUGCUCCACACCCUGAUGUUACGCAUCAUUCUUCCGCUGCUCCACACCCUGAUGUUACGCAUCAUUCUCCCGCUGCUCCACACCCUGAUGUUACGCAUCAUUCUUCCGCUGCUCCACACCCUGAUGUUACGCAUCAUUCUUCCCCUGCUCCACACCCUGAUGUUACGCAUCAUUCUCCCGCUGCUCCACACCCUGAUGUUACGUAUCAUUCUUCCGCUGCUCCACACCCUGAUGUUACGACACAUUCUUCCCCUGCUCCACACCCUGAUGUCACGCAUCAUUCUCCCGCUGCUCCACACCCUGAUGUUACGCAUCAUUCUUCCCCUGCUCCACACCCUGAUGUUACGACACAUUCUUCCCCUGCUCCACACCCUGAUGUCACGCAUCAUUCUUCCGCUGCUCCACACCCUGAUGUUACGCAUCAUUCUUCCCCUGCUCCACACCCUGAUGUCACGCCACAUUCUUCCCCUGCUCCACACCCUGAUGUUACGCCACAUUCUUCCCCUGCUACACACCCUGAUGUUACGCAUCAUUCUUCCCCUGCUCCACACCCUGAUGUUACGACACAUUCUUCCCCUGCUCCACACCCUGAUGUUACGCAUCAUUCUUCCCCUGCUCCACACCCUGAUGUCACGCAUCAUUCUCCCGCUGCUCCACACCCUGAUGUUACGCAUCAUUCUCCCGCUGCUCCACACCCUGAUGUUACGCAUCAUUCUCCCGCUGCUCCACACCCUGAUGUUACGCAUCAUUCUUCCCCUGCUCCACACCCUGAUGUUACGCAUCAUUCUUCCGCUGCUCCACACCCUGAUGUUACGCAUCAUUCUCCCGCUGCUCCACACCCUGAUGUUACGCAUCAUUCUUCCCCUGCUCCACACCCUGAUGUUACGACACAUUCUUCCGCUGCUCCACACCCUGAUGUUACGCAUCAUUCUUCCCCUGCUCCACACCCUGAUGUUACGCAUCAUUCUCCCGCUGCUCCACACCCUGAUGUUACGCAUCAUUCUUCCCCUGCUCCACACCCUGAUGUUACGACACAUUCUUCCCCUGCUCCACACCCUGAUGUCACGCCACAUUCUGCCCUGCUCCACACCCUGAUGUCACGCAUCAUUCUCCCGCUGCUCCACACCCUGAUGUCACGCCACAUUCUGCCCCUGCUCCACACCCUGAUGUCACGCCACAUUCUGCCCCUGCUCCACACCCUGAUGUCACGCCACAUUCUUCCCCUGCUCCACACCCUGAUGUCACGCCACAUUCUGCCCCUGCUCCACACCCUGAUGUCACGCCACAUUCUGCCCCUGCUCCACACCCUGAUGUCACGCCACAUUCUGCCCCUGCUCCACACCCUGAUGUCACGCCACAUUCUGCCCCUGCUCACACCCUGA